UCGUCAAAAUGUUGAUUGAAGAAUCUUAUAAGGAUGUGGCCACCAAGCAUGGCGGAAAUAUGCGAAGUCAACCCCGAAAUAUUCUACGUGCUGAUGGUUUCAAGGCGNUGUUUACCUGGCACCCAACGGUCCCCAACUAUCCCAAGGCCAAAUUCCCUGGUGUAGUUGUCUUCAGCGAGAUCUACCAAGUGACUGGACCUGUUGCUCGAUUCGCCAAGCAGAUUGCUGGUCAGGGAUAUAUCGUUGCUGCACCAAGUAGCUACCACGAGUUUACUGGACCCGAGCCUCUUGCCUACGAUGGCCCCGGUACUGACAAGGGAAAUGACUGGAAGGUUGCCAAAAAGCUCGCAGCUUACGAUGAGGAUGCUGAACUGAGUGUCUCGCUGCUCUUGUCCCUUGAGACCUGCAAUGGCAGAAUUGGUGCAACUGGAAUGUGUCUCGGAGGUCACUUGGCUUACCGAUGUGCUUUGGACAAGCGUGUCAGCGCUGCUGUCUGCUACUUUGCUACUGAUAUCCACUCUCAAACCCUUGGUGCUGGCAAGAAUGACGACUCUCUGGCUAGAGCCAAGGAUAUCAAGGGUGAACUAGUUAUGGUAUACCUUCGACCUCGUCUCGAUAGAAUGUGUUCAUAUGCUGACAUGCAAUCAGNNAUCUUCGGCAAGAAGGACAACCAUGUACCUCCUGAGGGUCGUGAUCUUAUCCGCAAGACUUUGCACGAGGCCGGCAUUUGCUUCAGCUUCUUCGAGGCCGCUUGGGCUCAGCAUGCUUUCAUCCGUGAUGAGAUGAGCAAGGGACGCUACGACCCUGGACUUACCAAGAUCUGCUUCGAGAUGCUGCUAGAACUGUUCAACCGUACACUGAGAUCUGAUCUUGGUCCCAGAGUUGGAGGCGAGCAGGAGAUUGAGGAUGUCUGC